AUACAUGAAUAAGAAAGCUCUAUCCCCCCACUCUUUUUGUGUCUCUACUCUUACUCUUAUGUCUAUUGCUCUUCCUUGUUAUUUCACAACUUUAUUCCUACUUUGCCCAUAUAAUUAUCGCUUAUCAGAUUAGCCUAGGUGUUACAGUUAAUGAGUUUCUGCGAAAAAAGGACACCCCCGAUUAGAGCCCAACAUCUUAGGCCCAUAGGAUAGUAGUCCGUAAACUGCAGCCAACCAACCGCCAUCCAUAGACCAUGACCGAAACCCCACCAAACUAACCAACCAAUUGUCAGCCAAAUCCAACGGCCACCACACCGUCUUCCUGCCUCCUUCCCCCGCCUUUCCUUUCCUUCCUCCGUCCCCGAUUCACUUCUAUCACAAAUCCACAUCAGCCGGCGACGGCGAGAAUACCACAUCUCCGACAGCCAUGAAACCACGUUUCCAAACCCUAUCGAGGGCUCUUCGCUCCUUCUCCACUACGAUCGAGCCCACGAAGCCCCAAUUCGAGCAGACCCUGGCCAGCCUGCGAGCCCGAUUGGCUGAUGAAUCCCCCAUAAUCUCCGACUUCGUCGACCUCCAGUCCAACGACUCCUACUCCGUCGAGGUCGGAACCAAGAAGAAGCCGCUUCCCAAACCGAAGUGGAUGAAAGAAGCGAUUCCCGGUGGGGAGAAGUAUGUUCAGAUCAAGAAGAAGCUGAGGGAAUUGAAGCUCCACACUGUCUGCGAGGAGGCGAAAUGCCCUAAUUUGGGGGAGUGCUGGUCCGGCGGCGAAACAGGGACUGCUACGGCGACGAUUAUGAUUCUGGGAGAUACUUGCACGCGUGGGUGUAGGUUUUGUAAUGUGAAGACGUCGAGAACUCCUCCGCCGCCUGACCCCAACGAGCCAGGAAAUGUGGCUGAGGCAAUUGCGUCGUGGGGACUGGAUUAUGUGGUGAUUACCAGUGUCGAUCGUGAUGAUUUGGAUGAUCAGGGCAGCGGCCAUUUUGCUGAAACCGUGCAAAAGUUGAAGGCUUUGAAGCCUAACAUGCUUAUAGAAGCAUUGGUUCCUGAUUUCCGAGGGGACUCUGGUUGUGUUCAGAAGGUUGCAACAUCAGGAUUGGACGUCUUUGCUCACAACAUUGAGACAGUUGAAGAGCUUCAAAGUGUUGUAAGGGACCACCGUGCUAAUUUCAAGCAAUCUUUAGAUGUUCUAAUGAGGGCCAAAGAGUAUGCCCCUGCUGGAACGCUCACCAAGACAUCGGUAAUGCUGGGAUGUGGUGAAACACCUGAACAAGUUAUGAAAACUAUGGAGAAAGUGAGAGCUGCAGGUGUUGAUGUGAUGACUUUUGGUCAAUAUAUGAGACCAUCCAAGCGCCAUAUGCCGGUAUCUGAAUACAUUACCCCUGAGGCCUUUGAGAAGUACAGAGUUCUAGGCAUGGACAUGGGAUUUCGGUACGUGGCAUCUGGUCCAAUGGUUAGAUCAUCAUACAAGGCGGGCGAGUUCUACAUCAAAUCGAUGAUUGAGUCGGAUCGCACAGCUGCAUCUGUAUCUUAAGAUGAAUCUUGUGCAUUUGUCCUUUUGUUCCACAUUGGAAACAGCCCCUAUCACUUUCAUUGGAAGUAAAGAUCCAUGCAGCGGGAGAUUACAUUACAUUAAUGGCACGUACAACAAAACCUGGGUGAGCUGUUCUUGGGAUUCGGAUUAACGUGAUGUUAAGCGUCACUGUUCUUUACUCGGUCCUCCUGGCUGUAAAUUUCAAUAAUUGUAAUGUUGUAUUGGAUAAUCCAAUCCUUCCCUGUUUCUCUGGUCCUGCAAUUUUUUUGUUCUGUUCUGAUGAAUUUGUUUGGUCCCUGAAUGUUUGAGCAAGGAAAGGCCAUGAAUCGUAGUGUUUAUAUUUGCUGCAGCCUUGUCGAGAAUUAGAGGCGACCAACAUAUGAAGUGAAAUGAUUGGCUUUGCUCUUUGCGUGUCUCGUUUCGAAUUCUUGUAAAUUUGUUCUCCAUAAGCAGUUCAAGACACUACCAUGAAAGGAUCACAGUUCUACUCUCCAUAUCACUACCUCGAAAUCGAACCUGUGGAACUGAAUUGUGUUGGUUGAUAUGGUGGCGAACUCUAAUGUGACUUGCGGCUAUAUUGGUUGUCUCCUGAUUCGUGAUGUUCUUUGUUCUCUAGGAGAUGAGUCGUUAUUGAUGAACUGAUUUUCGGCUAAGCCCAUUUCCAAACCGAGGAUGGGAAAGGCGAAAUGCAGGCAACAUUUGUAGCAGUAUACUAUAAUAUAAGGCUAGUGUUAAU